AGACGCCUAAAGGGGCGGGGCGGCGAGGGAAAGGAGGAGGGAAGUAGGACUUCAACAUGGCGGCUGCGGUACUGGCGGUGGUUACGGUGACGGCCUGGCCCGGGGCGGACAGAGUUGGAGGUGGUGGCGUUUGCUCUCCCUAGGGGCCGUCGGGAGCUCAGCGAAGACCGACCUGGGAGGCCGGCUGGCGCCAGCACCUUUCGGGUUCUGGGACGACGGCAUUAGCGGCGUUCAGUUGGAGUCUCACUCUUUUGCCCAGACUGGAGUGCAGUGGCAUGAUCCUUGCUCACUGCAGCCUCGUACUCCUGGAGUCAAGUGAUUCUUCUGCCUCAGCCUUCCAAGUAGCUGGAAUUACAGGUUCUAAAUGGCUUCUAAGAAGUUGGGUGCAGAUUUUCAUGGGACUUUCAGUUACCUUGAUGAUGUCCCAUUUAAGAUAGGAGACAAAUUCAAAACACCAGCUAAAGUUGGUCUACCUAUUGGCUUCUCCUUGCCUGAUUGUUUGCAGGUUGUCAGAGAAGUACAGUAUGACUUCUCGUUGGAAAAGAAAACCAUUGAGUGGGCCGAAGAUAUUAAGAAAAUCCAAGAAGCCCAGAGGGAAGCUGAGCGCAAGACCGAGGAAGCAGAGGCUAAAGCGAAGUCUAAGAGUGGUCCAGAGGGCGAUAGCAAAGUGAGCUUCUCUAAGACUCACAGUACAGCCACAAUGCCACCUCCUAUUAACCCCAUCCUUGCCAGCUUACAGCACAACAGCAUUCUUACCCCGACUCGAGUCAGCAGCAGUGCCACGAAACAGAAAGUUCUCAGCCCACCCCACACAAAGGCAGAUUUCAAUCCUGCUGACUUUGAGUGUGAAGAGGACCCAUUUGAUAAUCUGGAGUUAAAAACUAUUGAUGAGAAGGAAGAGUUGAGAAACAUUCUGGUAGGAACCACUGGACCCAUUAUGGCUCAGUUAUUGGACAGUAACUUGCCCAGGGGAGGCUCUGGGUCUGUGUUACAGGAUGAGGAGGUCCUGGCAUCCUUGGAGCGGGCAACCCUAGAUUUCAAGCCUCUUCAUAAACCCAAUGGCUUUAUAACCUUACCACAGUUGGGCAACUGUGAAAAGAUGUCACUGUCUUCCAAAGUGUCCCUCCCCCCUAUCCCUGCAGUAAGCAAUAUCAAAUCCCUAUCCUUCCCCAAACUUGACUCUGAUGACAGCAAUCAGAAGACAGCCAAGCUGGCGAGCACUUUCCAUAGCACAUCCUGCCUCCGCAAUGGCACGUUCCAGAAUUCCCUAAAGCCUUCCACCCAAAGCAAUGCCAGUGAGCUCAAUGGGCAUCAUACUCUUGGGCUCUCAGCUUUGAACUUGGACAGUGGCACAGAGAUGCCAACCCUAACAUCCUCCCAGAUGCCUUCCCUCUCUGUUCUGUCUGUGUGCACAGAGGAAUCAUCACCUCCAAAUACAGGUCCUACGGUCACCCCUCCUAAUUUCGCAAUGUCACAAGUGCCCAACAUGCCCAGCUGUCCCCAGGCCUAUCCUGAACUGCAGACGCUGUCCCCCAGUGAGCGGCAGUGUGUGGAGACAGUAGUCAACAUGGGGUACUCGUAUGAGUGUGUCCUGAGAGCCAUGAAGAAGAAAGGGGAGAAUAUUGAGCAGAUUCUCGACUAUCUCUUUGCACAUGGACAGCUUUGUGAGAAGGGCUUUGACCCCCUUUUAGUGGAAGAGGCCCUGGAAAUGCACCAGUGUUCAGAAGAAAAGAUGAUGGAGUUUCUUCAGCUAAUGAGCAAAUUUAAGGAAAUGGGCUUUGAACUGAAAGACAUUAAGGAAGUUUUGCUACUACACAACAACGACCAGGACGAUGCUUUGGAAGACCUCAUGGCUCGUGCGGGAGCCAGCUGAGACCAGGCCCUGCCUAGGCCCUGCUGCAGAACCACUCUCCCCAGGGGCCCUGCAGAGCCCACCUCUGGGGAAGAAGGGACACGCGUCUGGAUUUUUUGGGGGGUUAGAAGAUCGAUCAUGUGUGGAGACUGUGCUUGCCAGUUUCUUGGAGCCUGGGCCCUGAGCUCGGGGAAGUGGGGAAGAUUUGGGCAUGUGACUGCCCCAGACUGCCCUGGCUCCUUCCACACUAAAUGUACUUGUAUUUUGAGAAGUGUCCUUCCCACUUCAGCCCUCCAGAGACUCCCCUGGUCUUUCUGGAGUCUACAUCCUCAGCUGAAACCUGGCCCGGCUGCCAAGCAGGAGGGGAGGGCCAGAUUCAGCGCUGCUUUGGGGCUGGUUGCUCCUCCUCCCCCCACACUGGCCGGCUGAAGGCCAGACCAAGUUGAGCGCACGUGGAAGACUCGACCAGGGUUUUAUCCCCCCUCCCCCAAAGCCCCUUAGUGUUACACUGGUUCUGCAAUGCCUCUGAGGUGCAAAGAAUGUGCUUUUCCCCACGGGGCCCAGAGUUUUUGCCUCUUCUGCCAGGCAGUCACCAUGCUUCUCUGUCCCAGCCUGUUUCUCUUGGCUUGGUUUGGACCACAUUCCUCUGCUACCCAGGGUUUUAGAGCCCCUGCUCUAGGAAACAGUUGUGAGUUCAAGAAAUCAUUGGCUCCUUCGCAGCACAUCGAAUGGGUGAGAAAACAGGCCAUGGUUUAGUUGGCCAGCACUAACUCCACCUCUGUUCUCCCACUGCUUUAGGAUGAUACAAUGAGUAACACCUAGUCUAGAAAUCAGUCUCUUUGUUUUGUAUUAUGUUGUACAUCAUUAAAGAUCUAAAUACAAAAUAUAUACAGUCUUGAUGAAUCUAAAAUAAUUUGCUAACUAUUUUGAUUCUUCAGAGAGAACUACUAAUAAAAAUCUAAAAGAUGUA